AUGGCCGUUCUCAACACCUCGGUGGCCUACUGCGUCGCCGUCCGGUCGUCGGCGGCGACUCCAUCAUCGUCUGAAUCGAACAGCGUUCAACCACCUGGCCGUCAGCCGCCGCCGUCCUCGUCGUCGUCCUUCGAUCCUAAGCAGACGAAGGUGAUCCUGCCGAAGAAGAAGCCGCUCAAGUGGUCCACCGGUGUCGCCCCCGGAGAGUACGGAGGACCACCGACCACCACCAAGCUCCGGAAGUACUGGGGCGGCGGCGGCCAGGAGGAUCCCGUCACCGCAACCGAUGACUUCAUCUGGAACAAGGACUUCGUCGAUCGCAUGAAGCGUCUCAUCAGAGAAGGGGAUGAUAGUGGCGUUAAACCUAGCGUCGGCUUCCUCCCGCUUUCUCCUUCACAGGUGACACACAUUAUCCGCCCCAUCCCCGUUUGACUGUUUUUCCUAAUUUUUUAUGUUGAAUUAGCUUUGCAUAACGACUUUCGUUUUGCUGUUAAGGCCAACUCGGGUUUCCUGAGCCUGAACCGAGCUAUGAGCCUUGACAGGUCGAAUUCUGACCCUCUUGAUUUCCUCGAGUACUUUUUUGGCAUCCCUGUUUCUAUAAGUAAGUGUAACAAUAUUUCUUUGCUGUGCAGCGUCGAUUUAGAUCUUAGUAAGGAGCUGGCACCACCGCCAAAGUCCGUGCUGGAGGAGCAGGUUGAGGCGGCAAGGCGUGGUCGCGCUGUUGCAACGGAAGUAAGUCAGUCUCCGUCCAUGUUACACUGUUCUCCCUUCAUAUCCGUUUUCUAUGUUUUCCCCAUUCUUAAUCUAUAGACUAAAGGAGGUCUUGUUAUUUGAUUUUAGAGGCUGAGCAAUGCACCGUCACCAAGAUGGAGGUUGGCCCCGACUAGGAAGGAACAGGCGAAGUGGGAUCGUGCAAGCAAGGGUGCCACAGGGGGUAGUGUGAGUAACCCGAAACACCAGGGCACCAAACACACACAUCCAAGAGAAAAAAUAAAAUGAUUGGAAAAACAUGAAGAAAAAAAAUUGUAUUCUUGUCGUACUGCUAUCCAAUCCUUUUCCUUUUGCGUCCUACUGACUAUCUGUGAUGUGGGGAGACCAAAUGUUUCAAGAAGCUCAUCAACGUUCAUAGUAACAUUUUGGUUGUAGAGGCAUCUAUUAAUCAUUUAUUAUUUUCGCUUAUUUUUAAAAUUUUCUUCUCUUGGUUACAUCUCCUUUUGUUUUACCCCGCUUACACAUUUUUAAUGAUAAAAAACUACAUAAAAAAUGUUGAUAGCUCAGGAUUGUGGAGGAACUAAUUGAGGAUUUGACAUCCUCUUUUUUGUAAUCAAUAUCGCGCUGUUAUGUGAUUUUGAGCGUAUAAUGGUGGAAAUUACUUUAUCAUCUUAGGAUGAAGUAUUACGAGAAUCAAGGAAGCCUCGUGGGGAUCCUGAAGUGCUUGCAACGCGGUCAAGAGAGAAGUACUUUAAGGUAGCAUUGAGAAUAUGCCAUCUUUUUUAUUCAUCUAUAGAUUGUCCUGCAAUUUAUUUGUGCUAUCACUAAUCUGUUUCUUCUUCUUUUAACCUUUUUUCCUUCUGAUUUUUUCACUAUGCAGUUGAAGAAGAAAUUGCAGCUUGUAACACUAGGGAUAGGUGGUGUUGGUGUGGUUUCUGCAUAUGUUUCUUAUUCUCCAGAAAUUGCUGCUAGGUAGGGAAACCAUACUAAGAGCAUUUUGAUUAUUUUGACGUACUGGAUUUGAUAGACAUGAUUAAUUAUCAUCAACCAGAAAAAAAACGUGCGGGAUUCAUUUGGAUUAAAAGUGUUUUUUGUGUCCAUAUCUCUGUCUUCAGUGAUCAAAAUCCCUUACACUUCAUAUUUUCAUCCAUGAAUGUCAUAUACAAGUAGGAGAGGAAUUAUUGCAGGCGACUAAAAGCUAAAAUACAAGGGUAAAUAGGUGAAUUUUAUUUUUUUGGGUCUCCUCUCCGAAUGCAGAAGUUGAAGAAAUGUGCUGUCUGAUUCACUGAUUGCCUCCGGUUACCUGAAACAGAAGCCUAUACCAACUUCUAACGCAGGUAAGGAAACAUAGAAACACAGGUCAUUUCCAGGUUUCUCAACUUUAAAUAGGCCAAUAAGUAAUAGGUUAAAAGCAAACCUGGAGUUUAUUUGAUAACAUUGGGACACAAGAGUACUGUAUCUGACCAGCUAUGGACACACCACAUGUCAGAUUAAUUGAAGUAGAUUAUGUUCGUGAUAUCUUGGUUGUCUCAACAUGGUCAUAAUGAAGAAAUAAAUGUGAAAAAUUGAGAUGAGGGUGUAGCUGAUGCUUAAACUUAAUCCCUUCUACGCCGCUAUGUGCAUCAACACUCAACUCAAAAAGCCUGGCUGGACCUCUCUAAGGAACCAAGAAUCCAGAAGCAUCGGAUAAGAUAGGCAUCAUCAUGAGGCAUGAUGAUUUGUGAAAAUCAAGGGAAAUUGGAGAACAGAGCAUGUACAUAGGGAAUGCUCGCUUGUGAGAUCAAUAUUGUAAUUCAAAGAUUCAUGAGAAUAAAAUGCGAAAAGAAAUCUACUCUAUCGUAUUUGGAGAUGAUUUUUCUUUAUUUCUGAUACGGGCUGCAUGUUUGUUUCUUGAAUUUAGUUCCUUCAUUUUGCCUAUAGUUUUUGUGGUGUUUUUCAGCAACUCAUCUUGAAUAUUUUUUCACAAAAUUAUCUAACUUAUUUUCCAUUAUCCUUUGGCAUCAGCUUCGGUGUAGGGUUGCUUGGCUCAUUGGCAUACAUACGGAUGCUUAGUAAUACGGUGGAUUCAAUGGCAGAUGGGGCAAAGGGCCUUGUGAAGUAAGUAAUCGAUUGCCUCACUGAACUCAGAUGUUUCAUGAAUGGUUGUAUCAGAAUGUGAAAUUUAUAUGGAGCUCAAAAACUAAUUUCUCCAUCAAUUGUGGACAUGGACAUGGUUUGAUUGAUUUUCUUUCAUGGCAUAUAUGAGGAUAUGUAUGUACCCAAUGACCAUAGAAUGUGAUGGUAACAAAUUGAAUUAUAAUUUAAGGGCUGAUAGUAAAUCAUCAAUGCAAAUGGUUCUCUAUUUCAUAAAUAUCAAUAAAAAAUUGAAUUUCAAGCCCAAAGGUCUACCAUAUUUCACACUUUGUUCGUUAACCAAUCUUGCUUGCUCUUUAUACAAGAAUAAAUCAGAUCAAACAAAAACUGUCACUUGGUUAGGUUAUCAUCUGUAAAUUACCAAACGUAUUAAUGUUCCUAAUUUUUCUUUAAAAUUAGAAAAGGAAUCGUUUCAUGUCACUGAGGUCGCAGAAGCUGUUUCAUCUUUGGGCUUGGUCUGCAUUCCGCCUCUCAAAUACCUAUCCAUGAGCAGAUGCGGCUGUGUUCAUUAGAGUCGUUCCACAGUCCACGGGCAUCACUGUGACAGUUCACUCUCCUUCAAUCAAUGCCUGACGUGUCUCAAGCCGUGUGCUGGUCCCUGUUACUGACCUGCAUCGAACCUUGCCUGCACUCUCUCAUGUCAUCGCAGAGUUUAAGUUCUGAAGCUCGACGCCCCAUUCUAACCUUCGGAUUGGGCUCUGUAGGACUCUGUCAUGUUUGUCAUACCUGGUUUUCUCAUGUAACCCUUGCUUUGGGUUCUUUAAAUUUUUACUCACCACAUACUGCACCACUGUUGAUCCGAUCAUUUCGUGUUCUUUCGUGUAUAUAUUCCAGUGGACAUUAUUUUCGUGAUUUCUGUGAUAUUCCCUGUAAUUUUAAUUUUAAAUCUUUGUUUAAAAAAUAUUUAUCACUAAUAUUUGGAGAUUAAUUUGAUAAAUUUUAACUUGGUGAUCUUCUUUCGUUCAGUACACUGAAUCACUCUACUGUGAUAUAUAAAUUUGAUGCUUAUUUUACUAAUCCUUUUAUUCCCCUAUAUUUCAGCAUUUGACUAACCUUUCACAUGCACAAUGUCAAGACUUGCUUCACCUAAAAUGGAAAAAAGAAAUCGUCAAUAGAUUGCAAGGGCAUUGAAGAAGCACCAACUAUUACUGGAUAAUUACUGAUGCAGUUUUUUGGCAGGGGGGCAGCUGGUCAACCGAGGCUUCUGGUCCCUGUGGCGCUUGUGAUGGUAUACAAUCGCUGGAACGAGUGAGUUUUAUCUAUAAAACUUUCACGUGUAGUCGGACCCAUUUCGCCUCAGAAUAUAUUGUCAUCUAUUUCCUGGUCUCGACCUCAAAAAGUUUUCAAUUUUAUUGGAUGGUUUUGUUCCUCAUUCAAUCGUGAGAACAUCGAUAUUUUUAUUAGAAUUUCUGUGAUAAUAUUUAUUUCCGGCUUUAUUAAUUUUAUUUAUCUCGGUACCAAUAUACAUAUUACUCCAGGCAUCAUUAUCUUUAUUUUAUAUACAAUAAAACCAGACAAGUCUACAAUCAAACUAUUUCCUAUCCAAUAAAAUUUCUUCAAAUAGCUAUUUUCUGCCCAAUUAUUUUUUCUCCAUAGAGAUCACCCAAUCCGCACUCUCUUCGUCGAUUUUCUCUUGAAAAUGGGCAGCUUUGGAUAUAAAUAGCAUCCGUCUAUCUACCAAUCAGCAUCCAGCAUAGUUCCCUCUUCCCAUCUAGAAAUCCCUUCGGCUCUGUCCCUGACCAUUCAAGGAACCAGUCGGUCAUGCCCAUUUAGGCUAUCAACGCCCUCUCACUUGCGUAUUUAGGGCAUCCGUGAAGAAAGAUUUUUUUUUCCAAUAAUGGAAAUCUUCUCUAAAUUAAAACCCCUCAUUUAUUUCUUCUUAUCGCCUUUUUUCUCUGUGCUCUCUCUCUCUCUCUCUCUCUCUGCCCGCAGGAUCCUCGUUCCAGACUACGGCGUCAUGCAUCUGGAUCUGAUACCGAUGCUGGUGGGUUUCUUCACCUAUAAGAUUGCUACUUUUGUCCAAGCUAUUGAGGACACGUUGACCCCGGUCGACACCGAGAGCGAGACAUGA